AUGGAUGGACGUCAUGACAAACUACUGAAGAAUGGGAACUCUAAUCAUAUCAGGAAGAAUUUAGGAGUUGGAGCGAAGAGCAGUAAGCCGCACGAUGAACCCGAGGGUUCCCUAGGACAAGCUGAAAAUGGCAAACAUUCCUGGGCGCCGAUCAUACCCAGUCAAUUGGCUUCGUCGAAUCAAAAGUUUGCCGAUCUCUCUCACUGUAGGCCUUCGGAAAGCGUGAAGGUAGAGCAACUUCGCGAAAAGCGCCAUCGGAGUGGUCGCACUUCCCACAAGGCCGCCGAGGCCCAUCACGUCAGCUUGACCGCAGAAGCUAUGGAAGAAUUCAGGGAACUGAUCAGGGACCCCUCAUUCUGUUUGAGGUUCGAAUGUAUCCCCGAUGUAGUGGGACCGGUGUGCAGCAGAGACUACAAGACACGACGCCGCAUGAUGGCCCUGGAGCUCCUUCUAAAACAAAUGCCAACCAUCAAGAAACAAAUCCAAGACCAAGACGCCACCUUCGACCCGUACGAAAUGCUCAGCUGCACAUACCUCCGUUUGUCGUCAAACAACAUCAAAACUUUAGUAGAAAUGUGCAGAGAGGCCGGGUUGGAUGUAGACUAUCAUCCACACAUGGACGAAUCUGAUCCUAAGUUAAGUCUCACUGGGUCCGUGAUCGCGUCCUCAGCUAUUCCCCAGCGGGUGUCUUCACCCGAAGGUGUCAAAACUUCUCCGCCAACUGAGCAGCAGAAUCUUAGAGAGUGUUUUCCUAAUGCCGAUUAAUUGUGGUACAGAUAGUAGCGUUUAUUUGUGUAUAGUACACUAUCUUAAUAAAUUGCAGAAUAUGAAUAUUGCAAGUUGAAUUGAAAUUCGGUCAUGCCAAGCAAUUAGUCUUUUACUAGGAACACUCGGAAAGUGGCAAAAUAAUAAGCUGUGAUAUGCGGUAGUGGUGUGCAGCUGCAAAUCUCCUAUCAAAGAGAAUUUAUCCCUCCAGUCGAUUGUGACUUUGCCCUCAAAUGACCAAUUUGGGAUGAAUGGAUGGAGGUGAUAUUUAAA